CAAUUGCUAACGUGCACGCGAAGCAGAAGAAGAAGAAGAAGAAGACGACGACGAAGUAAAAUAGAAGAAGCCGGGAAAAAUCUAAAAAGCUAAAUCGGGACUGGCGCAUUUUAGCCGUCCGCCAUAACCUUCGCUCUUCGCUCCUCUCCGAUUACAUCGGUUCCUUCUUCUCUCUCUCUCACUUGCUCCGAUUCAAUGGCUGCUCCACCUGCUAGAGCCAGAGCCGAUUACGAUUAUCUCAUUAAGCUUCUUCUGAUUGGAGAUAGCGGUGUUGGUAAGAGUUGUCUUCUUCUACGUUUCUCUGAUGGAUCUUUCACCACUAGCUUCAUUACCACCAUUGGCAUUGACUUUAAGAUAAGAACGAUUGAGCUUGAUGGCAAACGUAUCAAGCUUCAGAUUUGGGACACAGCUGGUCAAGAACGGUUUCGGACUAUCACCACUGCUUAUUACCGUGGGGCAAUGGGAAUUUUGCUGGUAUAUGAUGUCACUGAUGAGUCGUCCUUCAACAACAUUAGGAACUGGAUUCGUAAUAUCGAACAGCACGCUUCAGAUAAUGUUAACAAGAUCCUGGUAGGGAACAAGGCUGACAUGGAUGAAAGCAAGAGGGCUGUACCUACAGCAAAGGGUCAGGCUCUUGCUGAUGAGUAUGGAAUCAAGUUCUUCGAAACAAGUGCCAAGACAAACCUAAACGUGGAAGAGGUUUUCUUCUCAAUAGGGAGGGACAUUAAGCAGAGGCUUUCAGACACCGACUCCAGGGCAGAGCCUGCAACUAUCAAGAUAAGCCAAACAGACCAGGCUGCUGGAACCGGACAAGCCACACAGAAGUCUGCAUGCUGUGGAACUUAGAAGUUCAAAAAAGCCUUAAAGUGAAGUAUUAAGUCGAAAAAAAAAAGUUUGGGGUGAAGUGAAAAAACAAACUAAGAUAUCGUUGGGUGCUUCUGUAAUUUUUGUUUUAUUCCAACAUUCCUGAUUCGUUCUAAAUUGUCCUUCUUAUUUGUACGAAGGUUUAAUCGAAACUUGUAUUUUUCUUUUCUCUUGCUUAUCUUUUCUUUUAUGACAGGUGACUGCAUUGUUUAUGUUGGUCAUCACUCAUAUCACUUCUCUCUUAUAUUA